ACCUGCCUGCUGUGUUCACACCUGUGCAGAACAGGGCUGGAUGCUGAUUGGCUGUUACCAUGUGGCGCACCUGUGUCAGGAAGCACCUGCAUUUAUCCUCGUUUUUUCCUUUAAUUUGUCACCCAGUGUUUACAGCAGAGUGGGGAAAAAAAAAUCCUCCACCCUCCCCCAUCCGGCUUCACCUGCUCCUCCUACAGGCUAGCCGGGCUAAGCUGUCGCUGUAGUCCGGAGCCGAAGCCCUGCUGGGUCGAAGCCCCGCUCGGAACCUGCCGCUGGAUGAACCUCCACCCGGAAAAGAGGAGAAACCGCCUAUAUGGACGCUUCUUCUCCGCCUGUGACGGCGCCGCGGCCAGCUAGUGAGCAGCCCGCAGCUAGCUGCAGCUAGCGGCUCCGCUGGCUAACCAUCCCGGCUAGCUCGAGGAUUUAACUCGGCUUUUCUCGCCUUCUUUAAGCCCGUUUCCGUGUCAUGCUAUCGGCUGCUUAACCGAGUCAGGCUGGGCAUGCUGAGCGGGGAGCUGCGGGUCCUCCGAGCCUAGCAGCAGCAGGCAGCGGCAGAUAACGCGACCGUGUCCGGGUGGUGCUCCGGGAGGAGGAUGGCAUUUCACGGCGCAGGCCGGCAGACCGUGUGUGGAGACCUAUUUCCGGGCUCUGAGCUGGGCCACAAGUAUUUCUGCGUGAGCUCCUCCUGCGGAGCCCCCUCCACGGGCCUCAGCGCCACACCGUGCCUCACCGGACCCACCGCCCCGGCAGGGACCCCUCGUCACCCCACAGCCCUCGGAGGAAGCACCGGCGGCGGCGCGGCGGUGCCUCAGCCCUACAGCAACCCAGCCAGCGAGGUGCCGAGCCCCGCAGAGAUGGAGCCAGACCGGCCCAUCGGUUAUGGCGCAUUUGGAGUUGUUUGGUCGGUGACCGAUCCUCGGGACGGCCGGAAGGUGGCUUUGAAGAAGAUGCCCAACGUCUUCCAGAACCUGGUCUCCUGCAAGAGGGUCUUCAGAGAGCUGCGGAUGCUGUGCUUCUUCAAACACGACAAUGUUCUGUCAGCUCUGGACAUUCUGCAGCCUCCGCAGAUCGACUGCUUCGAGGAGAUCUACGUGAUAACAGAGCUGAUGCAGAGCGACCUCCACAAAGUGAUCGUGUCUCCUCAGCCGCUCACCACCGACCACAUCAAGGUCUUCCUCUACCAGAUCCUCCGAGGUUUGAAGUACCUGCACUCCGCUGGGAUCCUGCACAGAGACAUCAAACCCGGAAACCUGCUGGUCAACAGCAACUGCCUGCUCAAGAUUUGUGACUUCGGCCUGGCGCGCGUGGAGGAGCCCGACCCGUCACGUCACAUGACGCAGGAGGUGGUGACUCAGUACUACAGGGCGCCGGAGGUGCUGAUGGGCUGCCGGCACUACAGCUCGGCCAUCGACGUGUGGUCGGUGGGCUGCAUCUUCGCCGAGCUGCUGGGGCGACGCAUCCUCUUCCAGGCUCAGAGUCCCAUUCAGCAGCUGGACCUGAUCACCGACCUGCUGGGAACGCCACCUCUGUCGGCCCUGGCAGCGGCCUGCGAGGGCGCCCGGGCCCACAUCCUGAGGGGGCCGCACAAACCGCCGUCGCUGUCGGUGCUCUACAUGCUGUCUGACGGAGCGACCCACGAGGCCGUGCACCUCCUCUGCCGGAUGCUGGUCUUUGAUCCGGCGAAGAGGAUUUCGGGCAGCGACGCCCUCUCCCACCCUUACCUGGACGAAGGGCGUCUUCGUUACCACACCUGCAUGUGUCAGUGCUGCUACUCCGUCCCCAGCGGGCGAGUUUACACCCGGGACUUUGAGCCGGUCGCCGAGCGUCCGUUCAGCCACAGCUACGAGAACAGCCUGCUGUCAGUGUGGCAGGGAAAAGAGUUGAUCCAUCGCUUCAUCACGGAGCACCAGCAGGGCAAACGGGUGCCGCUGUGCAUCAAUCCUCAGAGUGCUGCCUUCAAGACCUUCAUCAGGUCCACUGCGUGGCACUCCUCUAAGGUGUCCAGGAAGGAGGAGAGAUGAACGGCGCUCCUCUGCAUCUCGAGGAGUGACGGCAGUUUGAGAGGGGAUUUCAUUGGCUGUGGCAUCUGAAAGCACUGAAGAGUUUGGGUCAUCUUUUCUUCUUCUCCUUUUUUUUUUUUUUUUUUUUUUUUUUUUCCCCCUUCACCUGGAGGAGAACGUCUCACCCGCCCACAUCAGGACCUCGUGAAAAACCUGAAAUAUUUCCUCCCCCAUGAUUCGACCCAAACUUCUGACGCUCGGCGUUUUUCGGUGCUGAACUUAAAAAAAAAAAACAAACAAACAAAAAAAAACCAAAUUUAAAAAAAGAAAAGAAAAAAAAAGCUGCUGACGUGAGACACAAGAAGUGAACUGGAUUUGGAUUUUCAUGUGUUCGUAGAGACUUUAAAGAUUUUAACUGUUUGGUAGAUUCGAUGCUUAGUUGAUGUUUGAAGUCAUUCCAGCCCUGUGCAAUACGGAUUCAUUCGAAAAGGCGAUAAACACGGUGGGGGGCGGGGCUGCCUACGAUGUAAUGGGUUGGUCGGUAUGACGUCAUCGCCCACCAAACAUCGCCAAGGUCUUUGUUUCCUUUCUUUAUAAAUACCACAUCACUCACUGUGUUUUCACCUCGCGGCGUCUUCAUGGCGUCCGCGUGGUGAUGAUAAUGCAAUUUCACAGAUGUAGCAGGUUUUAACCAACAGGUGUUUCUGCACACACGGUUACCUUUGCCCCCCCACCCCUCCCCAGCGAGCUGUUUGGUCCGUGUGUUUGACCACCCUUCACCCUCGUCCAGCAGGAGAGUUUAAUCAGGAAUUCAUCGUCCUCAGAUUCAUUUCUCCAGGCUGUGUGGUGGCAGACUCUUAUUUUGAAAAGGACGACAGGAAAUUGUGACUGCUUUUAGUCGUCUGAUGCGGUGUUCUGAUCAGAAAGAGGCCAUAUCUGCAGAUAUUUGGCAGCUUCUCCCCUAAUGUGGACUUUUCCCUCCCGUCUCAGCGUGUGUUCUGACACUUCCCCGCUCGCCUCCUCCGCCCUCGCUAACAGGAAGAGGAAGUGACGGCGGUGACGUUUUCUUUUAAUUUAUUGAGUGUUUGACAGGGGUGUGUCUCCACCGUGGCAGGUUACCUCAAUCCCUGGAAAAAUAAAAGCCUCUAUAAAAAGAAUAAACUGGAGGGGAAAUGAAACCACUUUUCCCAUCAUUCCUCCAGAUUCAGUGACUUUUACCUCGUGCUCGCUCUGAGUUGGUGUGGACGGGACGUUGUGGGUGAAAUGCUGCUGGGUUUUUUUUUUUGUUUGUUUUGUUGUUUUGUUGGGUUUUUUUUUCCAAUGUGUCAGGCGGAGGCUCAGGUGUCCUCGUAGAUGAACUGUGUGAAACCACAAAAGGAGGCGGCGGUGUUACCCCGGUGUGCUAACGGGACGGCAGCGGUGCGUUUCCUCCACCACCCAGGAGCCUAAAGGUCCCAGGAACCGUCCUUCAGCCCUGUAAUCGGGUUCCCACGUCUAAAUCUGAGAGAACUCACAGUUCCUUUACUAAACUCUAGAAGCUCAGAUUUGUUUUUCCUGAGUGUGAUCUGAAGUGUUUGUCAGGAUGAAAAUGAGUCUUUCCAGCUUCCCUCUUUAGUUUUUUCUUUCUAACACUCGUUUUCAGCCGCAGGAAGUGCUGCGCUAAAUGGUACUUGUGCAUGGUGUAAAACGCGCUGCAGAAGUGCCUUAAACCUGCAUUCUUCCUAAUGGCCAGCAGGGGGCGACUCCUAGCUGCAGAAAGGGUUAGUUGUAGAGAAGCGCGUCGCUCUGCGAACAUUUUCCUGAUGAGUUUGUGGUCUCAGCCGGCUUCUCGUCUGAAUAAAACAUGAAGGAGAUUCGUAGUUUAUGGUCGUCACGGUGAUCUGAGGCUCAGCGGGAUGUGCCGUUUUCAGUCAGAUCGUCCCCGCCUAAAAGCACGAGUGAAAAACGGGACUUCACUAACCAAACGGCGUCUGCAGCAGCAACAUCCAUCUUUUAAAUGCAGUCUGUGUGCUCGUCGUCUCCUUGUGGCCAAAAUGAGAAUUACAAAAACAACCAGUGGGAGGAUUCGGAGCUGGAAUCUUCAGGAAGUGGCUGAAGGGAGUUUCUGGGCUUUGUUUGGACUCCUGUGGAGGAAACGCAGAUAAAUGACCCGAGUACCUCAAAAGGUUCUUGGUCCUGCGGUGGGAACAAGACCGAAAAUAUUCAUGAGGAUUUUCAGAGUAAAAGCUCCCGAUUUAUCUUGUACCGCUCCAUCCUGAUGUGUCGGCCGCAGACAGGAAGCGGAGUCGUAUGUUUGUAGCUUCAAAACCAUUAAAAACGUUGAAGCGUCGACGAUCAGCGGUGCCUGAUGCUCACGGCUCUCCUGAUGUGUGAUUGGUCGCAAGCCUGCAGGCCUUCAGUCUGUGAGGGGCACGCUGGUGGUUUUGGUAACGCGCUCGGUAAAAAAAAUGAUAAACUGAAGGUUUCACCUUGAAAAUAAGCAGACGCCGCUUUAGCUGCUGUUUCACAUGCGAAAGGCGCCUGUUUAAAACCGAAGCAUACGGCUCAGAUUUUACUGUGUGUGAAAUCCAGCAGAUUAAUAAUCCUGAUGUUCUCAGUAGUUAAUUAAUAAUUUCAGUUUCUCAUUUUGUUGUAAAGAAAAAGGAAAAAUCCCAUCAAGAAGCAGCAGGUUGACGUCUGAGGAGAUCACACCUGUGGCUGAGCAGACGUGUAAUCCAUCAGCCUGGUUCUGAUUGGAGAUUGGCAGCCCCUCCCCCACCCAUUUAGUGCCGUGUGACUGCAAAGAAGCUUUUUAGGAUCUCAGGAUCUCUGAGGGUCGACGAAGCAGCCGAAGUUUGUUUGUUUUUGGUCUGUUCACGAACCUCGCGAUGUGAGGACUCGGGGGAACCCACAGCUCGCGGUGCCUCGCGUCCUGGGUUCGGUGGGAUCGGCACCGGGCGUCCUCGCCGCUCCUGCGCUCUCCUGGUUUCUUUAAACUUUCUUGGAACCCCUGAAACCUCAGCUCGCGUCGCCGUGGAAACGCGGAGGGCGACUUGUAUAUCUGCAUGUGUAUAUUUAUUACCCCGCGGAGAGCAUUUGGGUCUGAAUGCUGUGCAAUGGUUGAGUUUGUCGAAGAUGACGAAAACCUUUUGUGGUCGUUUUAUUUAAUUCACCUUUAGGAAGUGAUUUUAUUAGCAGGCUUUUAUUUUGUUUUUGUUUGUUGUGAUCUAAUUAGAUUUUUUGGGGUUUUUCUUUUUUUUUUAAUGCGAGUCCGGAGAGGAGAACGUUUAGGUAACUGUUCCCUUAAAAAAAAAAAAAAAACACAAAACCCACCUGCACAUGUGCAGCUCUGUCUGACUUUAGUCACAUGACCGAAACGCUGCUGCUGGUUGGUUUGUCCUGCAGAAGAAUUCUGUGUGAAGACCUUUGACCUUUGACCUUAACCUCAAAGGCGUUUCCUUCCACCUCACGCCCAACUUGUUUUCCUCAGCACAGGCUCGGGUGCAGAGAGGCGGGCUCGGCUGUGUGAGGACAUUAUUCAUCAUGAAGCUUCUUUUUUGGCCUCCUUAUAAAUUACGAGCACGAACAGAUUAGUGGCACCGAAGCGUCGUCAGGAGGUCGUGUGAUUGGUUCGUUUGUAUGUUAGCGUUGAGUGUUACUUCAGCGUGCGCCGCAGACGUCUGCAGGUUAUUACAGUAAACUCAAUAAUAACUGUGGAAAACGGCCGUUUAGGAAACUUAAAGAAAACUCAAGGAAACAAUUUUGUGUUCUUAAAAAAAAAAGUUUAUUUUUGGCGGUGUGAUCGUGAGGCUCGUCAGGAAAACCUGUCACUCGUCCAGAGACUCAGACACUUUUGUUUGUAUUGACCAAUCAGGUCCGAGCAGCCUCUGGUUGCUUGCAGGUAAACAAAGCGGUAUGAUGUAAAUAUCAUACAGCACGUUUCCUGCUGCAGAUUGGGUCAAAAAUCAUAUUUCUGUGAGUUUCUGUUAAAGGUCGAUGAUGAUCUUCUCCUUCAUGAAUGGGUCGUUUCUCCAGCCUGCAGAUGUUCAGCAGAUGUUCGCAGCGACUAAAAGUGCAACUCUGACUUCAGAGAGACGCGUGGUCACUCGGGCGUUUUCCCUCCGGACUCGUCUCUUUCCUCGUUUCUGUCGUCGUGGUCGUAGAGGUCCUUCCAGCUUAGGCGACCCGUGUUUGGUCUUUCCCUCCCUGCACUGUUCUCAGAUCAGCCGUCGGGUGAAGCGGAGCGAGGCGGCUGCUCUGCUGUAGAGAUUAGACUCGUUUUUCUUCUAUGAAAAGAAACUUGAUGUGUUGAUUAUUCUAAAUAUGAUGUUUUAAAAAGAUGUUUUUGUCUUUGUUUUAGCAAAGUUUUUUUUUUUUUUGACUUGUGUUCCCAACAAAUACUUGAAUUUCUUAAAAAAAUGUUUAGAGUUAAAGUAGUGAAUGACAGAUACAUAAAUAAAUGGACACUGGAUAAAACUCUG